CUGCUGUGGAUGGUAUCGCUACUCACAUUUUGCAAGUACAUACUGACCGAGAUCAAGACUCUAGACAUAAAUGACAACAGUCCCAUUUUUAAGGAGGAUAUUGAGAAUAUUUCUGUUAAAGAAUCUGUUUCACUAGGUACAGAGUUGCCAAUAAUGGUGGCGGAAGAUUCGGACAUUGGUAACAAUUCUGUUCAAAGUUACAAGAUUGUUGACAGGAACGACGGUGGGGUGUUUGACUUAAAAGUGUCGCGCUCUACUUCGGAAAUAUUUCAAGUCAAACUUGUCGUGUCGAAAAGGCUGGACCGCGAAAUAAACGACNUUCUCGCGAGCGUCAUGGCGCGAAUGCUGCUGUGGCUGGUAUCGCUACUCACAUUUUGCAAGUACAUACUGACCGAGAUCAAGACUCUAGACAUAAAUGACAACAGUCCCAUUUUUAAGGAGGAUAUUGAGAAUAUUUCUUUUAAAGAAUCUGUUCCACUAGGUACAGAGUUUCCAAUAACGGUGGCGGAAGAUUCGGACAUUGGUAACAAUUCUGUUCAAAGUUACGAGAUUGUUGACAGGAACGACGGCGGGGUGUUUGACUUAAAAGUGUUGCGCUCUACUUCGGAAAUAUUUCAAGUCAAACUUGUCGUGUCGAAAAGGCUGGACCGCGAAAUAAACGACAGCUACUAUUUGGUGAUCGAGGCGAGAGAUGGGGGUAGCCCACCAAGGGUUGGACGCAAAGGUUUGAGUAUCACAGUUCUAGAUUCGAACGAUCACUUUCCCAAAUUCAGCAAAGAUCGCUAUGUCGGCGAGGUUAGAGAGAAUUCUCGUGUAGGAACGUUUGUGCUGAAUGUUACUGCGACAGAUAAAGACAUUGGUACAAACGGUGAAGUGGUCUACUCUCUCCAAGUUCCGCCUCGAUAUAAAGAUCUUUUCACGCUGGACGCGCGAACGGGCGAACUUCGUACAAACGUAUUAAAAGAACAGAUCUUUUCAAAUUGCUUUCAGGUUCUUGAUGAGAACGACAACAAACCAGAAAUCACCGUGAUUUUGCUCUCAAACACGUUCGACAAGCAGGGUAAGAUUCCCGAGGAUAGCAACCUCAAUACUGGCGUUGCUUCGGUAACGGUGCACGAUAAGGACAGCGGACCCAGUGGCCUUGUCACGGUCACUCUACAGCAUCACAAGCAAGAUUUCAGGUUACAGGAGAUGUCCGCAGGCAAAUAUGUCCUCAAAAUACGGCAAUCACUGAGUCUAGACCGACGUGCGCAGUACAAGAUCAAAAUCGUGGCUGAAGAUCAAGGUAAGCCACUGUCACAAAGGAACAGCUACAUACUACCUGUCAAGCUAGCCGACAGCAACAGGCACGCUCCGAGAUUCACUCGGAAGGUUUACGACCUGAACAUCGGUGAUGACGUCACACCAGGCGAGGUUAUCGCGAGGACGACAGCGACCGACGAAGAUGAUGGGAGAAACUCCGAGUUGACCUACGGUGUGGAAAGCGUGCGCGUAGGUGAUCGCAAUGGUAGCGUUGAAGACCUUGCUAAAUGGUUUGACAUUGAUAAUACAGGGCAAGUGUUUGUUCGCGUGAAGUUAUGGUGCGUAUUCACUCCAUCUUUUACAGUGAACAUUGAUGUUCGAGAUGAUGGCCGCGUACCUCGACAUGGAAAAACUGUGUUAAAAGUCGUCGUUAAAUGUUCGCAGCACAUCCAUAAUUUUAGCGUGGCAGAAAAUAAACCUGAAGGAGUUGAAAUUGGAAGGAUUUCACUCACUUCUGCAGCACCAGACAAACCGCUUCGUGUAAGAUUGGUCACGAAUACCGCCGACUUUGCUUUAGACGAAAAGAAGGGGAUAUUAACAACCACGAGAAUGUUGGAUCGAGAGGCGAACAGUUCUUACUCAUUAACUGCCGUUUUAUCAGAUGGAAGCGUGGAAAUGGAUAUUGUUUUGAACGUUACGGUGAGUGACAUGAACGAUAACUCGCCCGUUUUUGUUGGAAUGGUAGGUAGUCAUAACAUGACUCUGUCAAACGCAGUUUUCGUCGGAGAAACAAUCUUGAAAGUACAAGCGAUCGAUAGAGAUUCUGGAUCAAACGGUCUUGUGAAAUACUCCAUCGUUAGUGGAAACAACCGUCGAGUAUUCCUCAUGAACGAACGCAACGGGAAAAUCUCACUCAGAAAGGUACUAAGCGAAGAAGCUUACACUUUGACAAUCAGAGCUGCGGACUCGGGGUUCAUCGAAACGGAGGCUUUUCUACGUUUGAUAAUCUCGGUCAAAUUCAUCACUCCCGCAACUCCGCCCUCCGGUCUCCCAGGGGACAUUCCAGCUACAACGAAAGGGGACAAUGAUGUGGUGGAAACGCGAAAGGGGAAUGGAGGUUUCUUUUCGGACAUAAAGAUGAUCAUAGUGGUUGGAGCGUGCGUCGGCUUCUUGUUGUUAAGUGUUUGCCUGAUAGCAGUUUUCUGCUUGAAGUUCAGGCGUAGAAAUAACAAAGAAGAA